AUGCCUAGCCUAUGCACCUUCUUCACUUCUUGCAGGCGUUUGCCUUCGAAGUUAUCGACAGACACUUUCCUGGACAUCUUGAACCAGAUAGCUCCAGGUCGCUACAACUUUGUGUAUAUCCCGCACGACAAGACCAAGCCGAGGAAUGUGGCUCUGGCCUUUGCGAACUUCACAGACCAUGAAACGGCAAAGAUUGCGUAUUCAUAUUUUCAAGGGUGCACCACCCCGAUGGACAGCCGGCUGGGAAGCCACAUUCGCGUUUUCCAGGCCGAUGUGCAAGGCCUGAGCCAGAAUCUGGCGUACUUCAUCGCCAGGAGUGGACUUGCCGACAUGGAGAAUCCACACGCGCCACGGGUUUUCGAGAGCGGCCGCCAGGUCAACCUCCUAGAGGCCGCCAGGAAGCACGUGACCAUGACCCUAGUGUCUCAGGCGCCCCGGUGUGCAGCCUGGAACUGUGCCUCAUUGUCGGUUCAGGGCAUAUGGGGAUAUGGGGUGAGUAGGCCAAUUCUUGUGUGCAUUUCGGGGUCCAUGCAAAUUGAGAAUGUGUUCACAUUGCGCGUGCCAAGGCGGUCGAGCACAUGA